AUGGGCGAAGAAACGCCUAAACCGAUUAGUCGCAAACGCGGUCGUCCUCGAACUGUUACCAACGAGCAAGAAGUGCCAGAGAGACGUCGCAAACAACUCCGCCUUGCGCAGCAGGCAUAUCGCAAAAGGAAGGAGACCACGAUCGGUAACCUGCAGAAUCGCGUACACGAAUUAGAAACCGGCAUCGAGAAUAUCAGCCAAUCUUUCCUCUCCUUCAGUAGUCUUCUUAUAGAAGAGCAACUCCUCUCACAAUAUCCGCAUAUUGCGUCGGCUCUUCAAAACAUAACUCAGCAAUGCGUGUCGCUUGCGAAGGCUGGGAGCGACGAUUCGUCUGAAGGAGCCCUCCCCCUCGUUCAGACCGCAAAAGAAUCUCAAAUCACAAAUAUUAAUACAGACCCGACAGUUCUGGAUAACGCACACUCAGAAGCUUCAACAGAUGCCGAGGAUAUAACAAGAUCAGUCGCUACGAGAUGGCCCGCCCCUCCUACUCCACCAUAUGAAGGUCCAUCUUUAUUGCCAUUCGGCCUCGUCAUGCCAUCACCUACUGUUCAAUUUCCUCAAUUUUCUCAUAUCACCCCACCAUUAUCGAACUCCCCAACACUAGAUCUACUCUCUAGUAAUAUAACGCCUGACAGACAGUGGAAUAUCGCACAACGUCUAGUCAGGACUUGCUGUCAGGGCGGAUAUCGCCUUCUUGUCGAGAAUCCAAACAGCCCCGCAGUCCAACGUGUGUUUGGCUCUGUUCCGAGUCUACCAGAACGCAACCGUAUGGUCUCAGCGUUUCACGCUGUCAUGCAGGACAAGACAGGUGUCUUGACGGAUCCCAAGACCCAUGUACUUCACGCCCUACAAACCAAUAUGAACAUGUUCUCGAAUGAACAACUCCAGGUCCCGUCUAAGAUAUGGCAGAUUGCGCUCGAAUCAGCUUCCGGUGACUGGAUGGAUGCCAGUGGAGUGCAAGGAUACCUGCGCGACAAGAGGGUGAUUUUUGACAACUCUUCCGAUUCCUCUGGCCGCCUUGAUUAUUCGGUCUCUACAUCACUUGAUUCAAUGACAUUCAUCAAAUCCCUCUCAAAAGAAGCCAUAUGCGUUGGGAAUGGACCGAUAUUCCGACGGCAGAACGUUGAAAAAGCUCUUCGUCUGGCAACAAUUAGUGUGCCUUGGGAUUUCGAUAAUCUUUGUGAUUUAUAA